AUGGCUGACAAUAGCUGCGUUCAAGAAGACACGUUAGAACCACUAUCCCGACCAGGAACCCCCAAUUCUUCGGUCACGCAAUAUAUGAAAUCUGUUGGGGGAUUCACCGAUCUCCCUGACGAUGCGAACAAUCAAGCUGAUAGUGUUGAAGCAGACGAGAUCGACGAGCAUGCAGCCUCUAUUGUGAGGCAAUGCAAGGAAGAAAGUCAGUUAUCGUCCCUUGAGACUGCUCUGUAUCUCCUCCGCAACGUCUGUGACCGUUGUCCUACGAGUCAUCCACAUCGGAGAUUCUCCCUGAACAACCUCGUCUUGUCGUUGGCGACCAAAUUCGUUUGGACAGGUGAAGGUGCGGCUUUGGAUGAAGCGUUGGUGGUGCUGAACGAAUUGGGCUCGGAGUCGGGUGGUGCGAAGCGUAUAGCAGACGAGCACGUUCCCCAAGAGUUUGAGCAAAACGCAGAUUUAGAGAGCAAAGACUCAUUAUUGAACAUGAUCAACUUCGCUCUUGCUACUGUGCUUGAAUUCUGUCAGGCGGCACUGCUCUUAGAUAUUAACACUGCCAUAUCUCUCUUCCGCCAGGCUAUUCGAAUGCGGGAACCAUCGGAUGUCAAAAGCUUCGGGUCGAUGUCUCACCUUGCCGAUGCCCUCCUGAUGGCAAGACUUUCGGCUGCACUCAUUAUGAGGUUCUGUCUAAAGGGUCAGAGCGAUGAUUUGACCUCCGCGAUCCAGUUACGUGCUCAAGAACCCGGUCAAUAUAUUCGGGAUAUAGAUGGAUACCGUCUGGCUGCGCAGGGUUCGACUCUUUUCGAGCGAUUUCGAUCAUCGGGGGAUAUAGCAGACCUUGAUGCCGCUAUCGAGCGUCUACGGCAGGCUUUUUGCAUGGUGGACGCAGAACAUGCCCAGCGUUUCAUGGUACACGGAAGUCUGGCGAGCGCUCUCUCUGUUCGAUUUGGCCAGACUGGACGUGAUAUUGACCUCCAGGAAUCCAUAGCCUUAAGGGAAGGGAUUUUGAAGAUUCUACCCACCACCCAUCCUGACCGUUCUAGCGCGCUGAACGACCUCGCAAAUGAGCUUCGGUCGCGAUUCGAGCAUCAAGGCCAGGUGUACGAUCUGGAGGAAGCCAUCAGGCGGCAUCGUGAAGCCCUCACACUCCGCCCGUCCCCACAUGCAGGUCGUCCUGGCUCGUUGAACAACCUCGCAGGUGCAAUCUUUAGACGGUUUGAGCAGAAGGGGCAAAUUGACGAUUUAGAGGAGGCUAUUGUCCUUCUCCGUGAAGCUCUCGCAUCCCAUCUUCCCUCGCACCCUGAACGAUCAACAUCGUUGGACAAUCUUGCCAUCGCACUUUUGACCCGAUUCAAGCAGAUACAGCAGACGGAGGACCUGCAAGAGGCUAUUUCCCUUCAUCGUGAAGCUUUGACACUCCGCCCUGCCACACAUUCUGGCCGUUGUGUCUCGUUGAACAACCUUGCAAGUGCACUUUUCAGCCAAUUCGAACAGAAUGGGUGUGUGGAUAAUCUCGAGGAAGCUAUUCUGCUCUUCCGUGAAGCUCUCACACUCUACCGUGCCUUACAUCUCGAUCAUUCGACGGCGUUGAACAAUCUCGUAAAUGCGCUCCGGACACGGUGUGAGCUGAAAGGGCAAAUGAAUGACCUCGAGGAGGCCAUUUUGCUUAUUCGUGAAGCGCUCACAUUCCACCCUUCCCCACAUCGCGAUCGUUCAACGUCACUCAUCAACCUCGCCAAUGUACUCCGGACGCGAUUUGAACAGAAAGGACAGGUAGAUGACCUUGAGGAGGCCAUUCUGUUGAAUCGUGAAGCCCUCUCACUCUUGCCUGCCCCACAUCCCGAUCGUUCCAUGUCAUUGAACAACCUCGCGGGUGCACUUUCAAGGCGAUUUGAUCGGAAUGGGCAGAUGAAUGACCUCGAGGAGGCGAUCUCGCUUCAUCGUGAAGCGCUCACACUCCGCCCCGCUCCACAUCCUGAUCAUCCAAUGUCAUUGAACAACCUUGCAGGUGUACUUUCGACUAGAUUCGGGCAGAAUGGGCAGAUGGAUGACCUCGAAGAGGCCAUUCUACUGAAUCGUAAAGCCCUCGUACUGCACCCUGCCCCACAUCUCUCCCGUUUCAACUCCUUGAACAGUCUCGCAAAUACGCUCCGGACGCGAUUCGAGCAGAAAGGGCAGGUUGAUGAUCUCGAGGAGGCAAUCUUGCAUCACCGUGAAGCCCUUACACUUUGCCCUGUCCCACAUCCAGAUCGUUCAACAUCGUUGAACAAUCUCGCGGGUGCACUUUCGACUCGAUGCGAGCAAAAAGGACCGAUGGAUGAUCUCGAGGAAGCCAUUUCACUCCAUCGUGAAGCCCUCGCACUCCGCCCUGUCCCACAUCCUCACCGUUCAACUUCAUUGAAUAAUCUCGCAAAUGUACUCUGGAUACGAUUCGAGCGGAAGGGGCCGAUGGAUGACCUCGAACAAGCCAUUUUACUUCUCCGUGAAGCCCUCACACUCUGCCCAGCACCACAUCCUGAUCGUUUCCUCUCGCUAGACGGCCUUGCAAGGGCACUCUCGACUCGAUUCAUGCAGAAAGGGCAUGCCGGUGACCUUGAGGAGGCCAUUUUACUUCACCGCGAGGCCCUCAUACUCUGCCCUACUUCACACCCCCGUCGAUCUGCUCCUUUGAGCCACCUCGCAAACGCACUUUCGACGUCAUUCAAGCAGAACGGGGAGGUAGACGACAUCGAGGAGGCAAUCUCGUUACGACGAGAACUACUCAUGCAUCUACCUUCAUCGCAUCCUCGUCGGUGGUUGGGUUUGAGCGGGCUCGCAUCUUCACUCUGUGAAAAGGUUGGCUUCAGCGAUACGUCUAUGGAUAUGUUCCGUGCCGCCGUCGGUCACGAAACAGGAUCUGUGAGAGAUCGCUCGAAAGCCGCUCAAUUGUGGGCGAUGUAUGCUGAUGAUGCGAACCACCCGUCUGCCUUGGAGGCAUACCAGGAUGCUAUUCAACUCUUGCCUCAGGUUGCGAUGCUUGCUUCCGACGCAAACUCACGUCAUCAGCUGCUUGCUGAUCGGCAUCUUGGGAGCCGUUUACUCUCGACGAAUGCUGCAGCUUGCGCCAUCCGAUUGAACGAGCUUGACCUAGCUGUUGAGAUGCUCGAAGAGGGCAGAUCUAUAUUUUGGUCUCAGGCACUGCAGCUUCGGACCCCGCUUGACGACCUCCGCUAUGCCUACCCUGAAUUGGCGCAAAAACUACAUGAGAUCUUCACGACACUUGAGCGCAGCUCGUUCCGUGAGGGCUCAGAUGUAAUACGGACUGACGUAGAAGCAGUGACCGCAAUGGAGGCAGAAGCAGCACGUUUUCGUCAGCUGAAUGAGGCCCGAUUGGCGAUACUGAAAGAAGUUCGGGCCUUGAAAGGCUUCGCAGACUUUCUACGUCCGAAGAAGCUGAACACGCUGAAGAAAGCGGCGGUUCAUGGUCCCGUCGUUCUCCUCAAUGCGUCCAAGUCUUCUUGCGAUGCCUUGAUCGUCACAUUGGCAGGUGUAGAGCAUGUCCCACUUUCUCCUCAGUUGACGGGGCAACAAGUAUCACUCCUCGCGAGCUCUGUAUUGAGUUCCGUGAGCAACUUCAACGCUUUCACGAAUAGCUACAAGACCUCCUUCGAAAGCCUCCUCGAAAGCACCCAAGCCACCCGUGAUGUUCCACAAGAUCGGCAUCUUGGGAGACGUCAGAAGGUUCCUCUUCAAACUGUCAACGAUGUCCUUCGCGGUGUUCUUGCAGUGCUCUGGAAGCUUGUGGUCCAUCCUGUAAUACGUCAUUUGAAACUCGAGAAGUCAGAGUCGCCUACGCGCUUGUGGUGGUGCCCAACCGGUCUAUUCUCUGUCCUUCCGCUUCAUGCAGCUGGCAUCUAUCCGUCUGACUCGCAUACGGGAGCUGUUGAUGAUGCAUCAGACUACAUGGUCUCAUCGUACACGCCUACAUUGAACUCUCUUCUCAUCUCCCCGCCUGUCACGAGUAUGGAUUCGUUCAAGAUGCUGGUUACCAUACAGCCAGAAACCAAAGGUCAGGUCGUAUUGACUCAAACUCGUGAAGAAAUGCGUCAAAUCGAGCGACACGUGCCGGCCUCUUCUCUCAUCAAGCUGGGUGUGGACGGCUCUGAGUUAUCCAAAGUCGACACGGUGCUCGCGCAUCUGUCCCAUGCUUCCAUCGCUCAUUUCGCGUGCCACGGCGUCCAAAAUUUAGCGAAUCCCUUGGAAAGUGCGCUUCUCCUGGAUGGUCAAUUGAAGGUCUCCACGAUCAUGGCACAAUCCCUGCCAAAAGCCUCUUUGGCUUUUCUCAGCGCAUGCGAGACAGCAAAAGGUACUGUCGAACUUCCUGAUGAAGCCAUGCAUCUUGCAGGGACAAUGCUGUUCUCCGGAUUUCGCAGCGUAGUUGCUACCAAAUGGUCUAUUUAUGACGACGAUGGUCCUAAAAUUGCGGAUGAGUUCUAUGGCUAUCUUUUCAAAAAUCACGAAGACGGCUCGCCCCCCGACACGACAGAAUCUGCUCGAGCACUUCACCUCGCGGUCAAGAAGCUGCGCGCCCAGUACAGCGACCAUUCGACUGCGCAGAUCGCGCAGGACACAAGCAUCAGGGUUCCACAUCGAGCGUGGCUGGGUCGGCUGCGCCCCCUCCACCCGUCCCGUCAUCUCGCCCUGCGCCUCCACCUUCCCAAUUGGCGCCUCCCCCUGCAGCACCUGCGCCUUCUCUGCCUCCUGUUUGAUCCUCACAAGUCCUCCGCCCCCUUCUAA